AUGUUACAAAUUUAUAAAAAUGAUAUUUUAUACUCAAAUGCAUCCAUAUUUUCAUUAUUUAAAAGAUCAAUUUUUGUAAGUAAAUGGAACCUAGCUCCAAAAACAAAGCAUGGAAAAAAGGGCCAAGAUAAAAAGGCCACUGAAACAGAUUCGACUGAAAAUAAAGAGAAAGUACAUAUUUUUAAUAUUUAUAAUACUGUUGAUAAAGACCAUGACAUAUUACCAGAUGAUGCAUACCCCAAAUGGCUAUGGAGUCUUGAAAAACCAUUGAAAAGUUAUGGUGAACUCGCAUUGAUGUUUUUAUAUGGAAAGAACGUUGAAAAUGCUACGGCACAAGACUACCACCGCUUUCGUAGAUUACAUAACAAAAAUAUAAUCAAGUUGAAUAACAUGAGAUUGAAAAAAUCCAAGAGAUCAACUGUUAAACCAAUUUUUUGGGACCUUUGA